AUGUUUAUAAUUAAUAUUCUCUCACUAAUAAUCCCCAUUCUUCUAGCCGUAGCCUUCCUAACUCUAGUAGAACGAAAAGUACUAGGUUACAUACAACUCCGAAAAGGACCCAACAUUAUAGGACCAUACGGACUUCUCCAACCCAUCGCGGAUGCCAUAAAACUUUUUACCAAGGAACCUUUACGACCAUCAACUUCCUCCACAUCAAUAUUCAUCAUAGCCCCUAUUCUGGCCCUAUCCCUAGCCCUAACCAUAUGGGCCCCACUACCUAUACCGUACCCUCUCAUCAAUAUAAACCUAGGAGUACUAUUUAUACUAGCAAUAUCAAGCCUAGCCGUCUAUUCAAUUCUAUGAUCCGGAUGAGCAUCGAAUUCAAAAUACGCUCUCAUCGGAGCCCUACGAGCUGUGGCUCAAACCAUCUCCUACGAAGUAACCCUAGCCAUCAUUCUCUUGUCCGUACUACUAAUAAACGGAUCAUUCUCUUUAACCACACUAAUUACUACUCAAGAACAUCUCUGACUUAUUUUCCCCGCAUGACCCCUAGCUAUGAUAUGAUUUAUCUCCACUUUAGCAGAGACCAAUCGUGCCCCCUUUGAUCUAACCGAAGGAGAAUCAGAAUUAGUAUCAGGCUUCAACGUAGAAUAUGCAGCAGGCCCAUUCGCCCUAUUCUUCCUGGCAGAAUACGCCAACAUUAUUAUAAUAAAUAUAUUCACAACCACUCUAUUUCUUGGAGCAUACCACAAUCCUUGCAUGCCUGAACUAUAUACCAUCAACUUCACACUAAAAACUCUAGCACUGACAACCUUAUUCCUAUGAAUUCGGGCAUCAUACCCACGAUUUCGUUAUGACCAACUCAUACACCUCUUAUGAAAAAACUUUCUACCUUUAACACUAGCUCUAUGCAUAUGACACAUGGCUCUGCCCAUCAUCACAGCAAGUGUUCCUCCACAAACCUAA